AGGGCCUUUUCAUCGGUGCCCAUACCUUUCAUGGCCUUAUGGAGAGCAUCGGCGUCGGCUCUGGCAUCGAACAGCGCAGCCGGAAGCACCGUGGGAACAUACUAAAUGAAUUGACACUAUUAUGGAGACUAUGGAUGAAUUCCCAACUGAUGCACUGCUGCAGCAUAUAAAUCUAUUCGACGCUAGCUGGCGAAUCGGUAUUCCAUGAACAUGACUCGCAGGCUGACCAUCGUUUUGGUCGUCCUCUUUGGACUGUUGGCCCUGGCAUCGUCUGGGCCAUCAUCCGAAGAUAACACCAACUCGGUCGCCAUUGAAGAAGAACUGGCCAGAGCAUUCCAGGUGGCCAGAUCCAACGUUGUAACCGACGUUGCUGGGUACAGGCAAUCGAGGAACGAGGAGCAAGAAACUUCCGAACAAACCGAAGAAGAACCGCCACGUAAGAAAAAUAAAAAAUCUAAGCGCAGGAAGUGGAGGAAGAGGUUUAAAAAUUUGUUUGGCAAAGGUGCAAAAUGGUACCGAAAGAUUAAAGAUCGCUCGCGCGAAACCAAAUAAGGCCACCAAUAAUCUCUAGAUGAUUAUCCGUCGUACCGCACGAAUUUUGGAACAAAUUGAAACGUUCAUUUCGAAUACUUUUGAACAUUCUGAAACAUUUUUUAAAAAAUUUGCUAGUCAUUUGAUACCGAGUGAGUCUAAAUGAACUAUUGUGCUCUGUAUAGUGAAAUUGAUUGCAAUGACUAUAUUCAUGCAUUAAUAUUGCACUGGUAAAUGUGGCAUAAACAUAAUUUGGCAAAUACAAAACCCAAUAGCAAAUCAUUUGGACCCUCGUUUUUCAAACUGAAUCAUUAAUGAAUAUAGGAUACAACUCAUGUCAUAUUCAAAUGAAAAUUAUUGCUUAUGCAGUUUAUAUACAGUAUAGACCAAUAUUUCGAAAUCGACACGUGUGCAGUAAACAGGGGAAGGGAAGCGCUAGUUUGCAACUGACGAUUCGAUUGGCUGCUGAGAAUAAUCGUGGUUAACCCAUAACUUCCCUUUUUCGACACUCUUAUAAUCUUAAUUCCCGCAUUCACCGAGUUCUAUUUGAAAUUAAAUUAACAUGUACACUGAUUAUUAUUUGAACUAAAAUGUUUUCAAUUGGUUAACCACUUUUAUUGCCACAGGAGGAAGUACCGGUUUGAUUAGUGAACGUUUCACAUUUUGAACCCCACCAAACAUCCUUUUCAUUGGCUUUCAGAACUCGAUCGAAUAUUUGAGAUUGAGACCUAAUCUACCGCAUUACAGGAAAUUAAUUGAUGACUGCAAAUUAAGAAUUCCUAACUGAAACAUAUAAAAGCUAUUCAACGUGAGCUGGUGGAUAGGUAUUCCAUCAUCAUGGUUCGCCAGUCGACAAUCGCUUUCGUCGUCCUUUUUGGACUGUUGGCUCUGGCAUCUUCCAGUCCAUUAUUUGAAGAAGACGAGUCAUUCGCCAACGAAGAAGAAGCUGCAUUCGAAGAAGAAGUGGCCAGAGCAUUUGAAGAAGAAGUGGCCAGAGCAUUCGAAGAAGAAGCUGUCCGAGCUUACGAUGAAUCCGAAGAUGAAUUGAUGAGCCAAUUGCAGGAAACCCGCCGAUCUCAAGAAGGACCCCCUCGCCUCCUCAAGUCAUCCAACUUCUGUUACGGUAAAAGGUCUGGCAACUACGCCGAUGCGUCCAACCCUCGCGCUUUCUACAUGUGCGACAAGGCCGGACAAACAUUUACCAUGAAUUGCCAGGCCGGUUUGGUUUACGAUCAACAAUUGAACCGAUGCGAAUGGAACAAAAAUGGAGGGGGCGGGCAAUAUCCGCAACCACCUCCUCCACCACCGCCGCAAAAACAAUACCAACCAUACCAGCCACCACCGCCACCACCACCACCACCGCCACCCCCACCACCGCCACCACCGCCACCACCGCCACCACCACCGCCACCACCGCCGCCACCACCGCAACAAUACCCAUCGUACCCAUCGAUCGGCAGUGGUUACGGCCGCAAAUAGUCUCGAAUGGAAAAAUAUUUGAAAAAUUGUUUGCAAACGAUUUAAUUAUAUUUGUGCAUUAAUGCAAUAUAUAACCAUUUAUGAAACUGAA